CCAAGUGCAUUUUUGAUAAUUUCUUAUAUUUUAAUUUUUGUAUUAUUUCUUUUUACGUUUUGGGUAUUUUGGUUUUUUCGUAUUCCUACUCGAACUGAAACCACUGGUGAACAUCUGGUGAUUUCUCCAUGUGAUGGUAAGGUGGUAGUGAUUGAAGAAACAACCGAAACAGAAUAUUUCAAGGAUAAACGAAUUCAAGUUUCAAUAUUUAUGUCGCCAUUGAAUGUGCAUGUGAAUAAAUAUCCAAUCGAUGGAAAUGUAGAAUAUGUUCAAUACCAUAAAGGGAAAUACCUUGUAGCAUGGCAUCCUAAAUCAAGUACAGAAAACGAACGCAGUACGAUUGUUGUAAAAGGUACAAAAGGUGAAAUAUUAAUACGUCAGAUUGCAGGUGCUGUAGCACGUCGUAUUGUUACCUAUUCUCAAAAAGGAGAUAUUGCUAAACAAAAUGGUGAAUUAGGAUUUAUAAAAUUUGGUUCACGUGUAGAUUUGUAUUUGCCGUUGGGUACCAAAAUAAAUGCACAAAUUGGUGAUGUAGUUCAGAAUGAUCAUGAAGUAAAAUCGAUGUUGAAGCAAAAACGCCGAUUAGGCGCUUUUGUAAAUAAUCUUAUCGAUCAUUAUAAAAAGAAAGAAAGCAUUCUUACUUAUGUGUUUGUAAGUGAUGACUAUCUCUUACAAAUGAAUCAGCAAUACUUGCAACAUGAUACUUAUACAGAUAUUAUUACGUUUGAUCUUACUGAAAAAAAUGCAGAAUUUAUAGUAGGUGAUAUAUACAUUAGUAUUGAUCGUAUAAAAGAGAAUGCUCUAUCUAUGAAAAUGACUAUGCAAACUGAAUUGCUAAGAGUUAUAAUACAUGGUGCAUUGCAUAUUAGUGGUUUUGGCGAUAAAACCAAAAGCCAACAACUGGAAAUGAGACAAUUGGAAGAUAAAUGGAUGAAGAAGUAUCUUACUUUGCAUAAUAAA